AUGUCCUCCAAUGUUGGCCUCACAACCCCCCGCGGCAGCGGCACAUCCGGCUACGUCCAGCGUAACACAGCAUUCAUCAAGCCGCGCAACACAGGCUACGGCGCGCCUUACCCGCCCGUCAGCGGCGCAAACGGGCCGCUGGAUAAGCCCUUCAAGCAGCGCAUGCCGGAUAAGCAAAUCCUCGAGCAUGACCGCAAGCGCGCGAUCGAAGUAAAGGUCAUGGAGGAGCGGGAUCGGUUGGAAGAGGAGAAUGAGCGCAUUGAAGAAGAGCAGAGUAAAGGCAAGAAAGGCAAGAAGAGUGCAAGUGAGGAUAGCGACGAGCAGGUCGAGAAGGUUCUUUCUGAUGAGGAGAUUGAUGAGCGUUGUGAGGUUCUGCGGGCUAGGUUGCUUGCUGAAAUGGAGGAAGAGCUGGAGCGUGGUCAGACUAAGAAGGCUGGGGUGGAUAGGAGGAAUUUGAAGGCUUAUCAGGUUCAUGAGCUUGCUGAGGCGAAGAUUGAGGAGACGGAGAGGUUGAGGAGGGCGUUUGGGUUGAGGGAGGAUCGGGAGACUGGGGAGAUUUCUAGUUCGCGGGACCGGGUGAGGCGGGAUUGA